GACAUCAAGAAUGGUUUGAAUAGUUCACAACUUCACCAAGAUAUUCCUGCACUCUCUUCCCACAGCCACUUCAACAUUUGUCAUCCUUACCAAUUGGCAAAGUGUGAGGGAUAUGUUUUUCUUGAAGACUGCUUCCCAGAAAUCUUGAUUUCCUGAAAUUAUGGAUUGCCCACCUGUGUUUUGAGAAAACUUUAGCAUGUGGUUUUCUAGAUACCAUCACAAGAACUGAAUGUAUUAUAGAGCUGGCUUUAGGGGUAGGAAGGCCGGUGGCAUCCAAGUCUGCAUAGAACUAUGCUUCGAAGUAUUUGGGGAAAAACCUUUCGACUUCUUGGCUAUACUCUUCAGUAUGGCUGUAUAGCUCAUUGUGCCUUUGAAUACCUUGGUGGUGUUGUCAUGUGUUCUGGACCAUCAAUGGAGCCUACGAUCCAGAAUUUUGACAUUGUCUUUGCCGAAAAUCUUAGCCGACAUUUUUAUGCUAUCCAAAGAGGUGACAUUAUAAUUGCCAAAAGUCCAAGUGAUCCUAAGUCAAAUAUCUGUAAAAGAGUAAUUGGUUUGGAAGGAGAUAAAGUUUUCACACACAGCCCGUCAGAUUACCUUAAAAGCCAUAGUUAUGUACCAAGAGGUCAUGUUUGGCUGGAGGGUGAUAAUCUCCAGAAUUCUACAGAUUCUAGAUACUAUGGGCCUAUUCCAUAUGGACUAAUCAGAGGACGUAUUUGCUUAAAGAUUUGGCCUCUGAAUGAUUUUGGAUUUCUACGUGACAGUCCCAAUGGCCACAGAUUUUCUGAUGAGUAAUCAGCAUUUAGCCAACCAAAUCACUUCAUUAUCGCAUCGUGUUCCUCAAGAAACAUUUUUACUAAGUCAAAGAAACCAUGUAUUUAUAAAUAAAAUAUUUGAUAUUGAAUGUUAUUUUCAAAUAGGAUCAGAACA